GUGAGUGAGCGCGUGUGUAUGUGUGAGAGGGAGUGUGUGUGAGUGUGUGUGUGCACGCGCGCGUGGAGCCUGGGUACCGGUGCCCCACUGCCUUCCACACCCUGCCUGCUCCGCGCCUCCUCCCUCGCCUCUCUCCCGCCCGGCGGGCUGCCAUCGUUGAGAGAGAGAAGGCCGCGGGACACAGGUGUGCGAGGCUUGCGGGACCGCUGGAGACAAAGGGGGCGCGGAGGUGAGCCCGCCAUGGCCUCCCGGAGCCUGGGGGGCCUGAGCGGGAGCCGCGGCGGCGGCGGCGGCGGCGGCAGCGGCAAGAAGAGCCUGAGCGCCCGCAACGCUGCGGUGGAGAGGAGGAACCUGAUCACCGUGUGCAGAUUUUCUGUGAAGACCCUGAUUGAUCGGUCUUGCUUUGAAACAAUUGAUGAUUCAUCUCCUGAAUUUAAUAACUUUGCAGCUGUUCUGGAACAAAUUCUAAGUCACCGGCUAAAAGGUCAAGUAACAUGGUUUGGCUAUGAAAGCCCGCGUAGCUUCUGGGACUAUAUCAGAGUGGCUUGCCGGAAAGUUUCUCAAAACUGUAUCUGUAGCAUUGAAAAUAUGGAAAAUGUCAGUUCCUCCAGAGCUAAGGGUAGAGCCUGGAUCAGAGUGGCACUCAUGGAAAAACAUUUGUCUGAAUACAUCUCUACAGCUUUGAGAGACUUCAAAACAACCAGGAGGUUUUAUGAAGACGGAGCAAUUGUCUUGGGUGAAGAAGCAAAUAUGCUUGCUGGCAUGCUGCUUGGACUCAAUGCUAUUGACUUCAGCUUCUGCCUAAAGGGAGAAGGAUUAGAUGGCACCUUCCCUGCUGUGAUAGACUAUACACCAUAUUUGAAGUUUGAACAAAGUUCUGACAGCAUCAGCAGUGAUGAGGAAGAACUCAGGACAUUUGGGAGCAGUGACAGUGAGGGCAGCACCCCAGAGAAUGUGGGACCGCCUCUCAUCCUAGACGAGAACACCUGGUUCAACAAGUGCAAGAGAGUAAGGCAGAAAUACCAACUUACCCUGGAGCAGAAGGGUUAUCUUGAAGAACUCUUACGGCUUCGUGAGAACCAACUUUCUGAAUCUGUCUCUCAGAAUAAAAUACUACUUCAGAGGAUCGAAGAUUCUGAUCUGGCCCACAAAUUGGAGAAAGAACAGUUAGAAUAUAUCAUUGUGGAGCUUCAAGAUCAGCUGACUGUACUAAAGAAUAAUGAUUUAAGAUCAAGACAAGAGUUAACUGCCCACCUCACCAAGCAGUGGCCCUCCCCAGGAGCUCUGGAUGUCAAUGCUGUUGCCUUGGAUACCUUGCUUUACCGAAAACACAAUAAACAGUGGUAUGAUAAAAGUUACCAAAGCCUUGACCAGUUAUCAGCAGAAGUUAGCCUUUCUCAGGCCUCAUUGGAUCCCAGCCACUCACAAGAAGGAGAUGGAAAGCAAGACUCAUUGAAUUUCAUUGGUGAAGGUAAAGAAGAUACUCCCUCACUUCUUGGCCUUUGUGGGUCACUGACAUCAGUGGCAAGUUACAAGUCCCUAACAAGCCUAAAAUCGAACGACUGCCUUGCAAGCCCCACCACGGAGAUAACAAGCCCAGGCCUGACUCCAUCCUGAAAGACUACGUAAAAACCCAAAGUUUCUGUAUUGUAAAUAUCCUGUUUACAUAAGUUUGGCUGCUGGGAGAUUUUGAAAUUUUAUAUUCUGGUAUAUGCGUGACAUUUUGUUGUUUGGAGAUUUCAGUCCAGCCCAUGUAAAUUUCUGAGGGAAAACAUAGUAAUCCCCUAUUUUUCUUUUUAAAAUAUUACAUUUGUCACUGAGGAUGUUUAAAGUUGGUUAGGCUUUAAAAAUCUUACAAAGAGUGUCUGAAUUCAUUAUAAAUUGUACAUAGUUGUUAUUCAGCUGAUUUUUUAUAUUUGUUUAGAUGCGUCUUGGUGUCCAGAGACCAGGUCCAGGUUUUACUCCAGAGACUUAAGCUUAGCAGUUUCUUUCGCUCCUUUAUUUGGUGGUUAAAUUUGCACAAAAGGCAACUAAUUCCAUGAAGUACUUCCUGCACUCUGAUGUCUGUGUACCAUGCUGUAAGGGGAAGUCUCCAGCCACAACCACACAGUGGCUCUUUAGCUUUCCUUUUACCAGUUGGUACCUACCAACUUUUAGCAUUUCAUAAAGUUUGUAGAAUUGUGCCUUUUUAGGCGGUUGCUGACUUGAUUUGUCAGGUAUGGAGGAAAAGUAUCUUAUAUAUCAGAAAGUGAAUGCAUCUCUUAGACUUCUUUUCCCAGGUAUGCCUAAGACAUUGGAAACAUUUCAAAAUUCAGAACUAAUGUUGGCAAGGGGUUACUAACCUCAGAAGUUUCCAGUUUAAUGAAUGACUUGAUAAUCAUUUUUAAAGAGCUGCAGAGUAACCAGGAUGUCUGACUAUGGAUAUACAUUGGAGCUACAAUGCUAUUUUCCUUGUGUUCAACAAUGACUUACUUACAUACUGGGUGUUUCAUAGCCAUUACCACUAUGCCAUGAUUUCUCAUUUUUCAAAUUGAUCUUAGUGUUUAAAAAAUAAAACUAUACUUCUAUAGGAAAACAGGUUUUUUAAAAAGAGCUGUGUUUCAAUUUUUUUUUUACAAUUUUUAAAACAGCUACAUGUGUCCCUAAAAAUUCCACCCUAUUUAAAAUAAACACAUAUGAAGUGUGUAUUCUAUAGUGAGUCCUAGGAGGAAAACAAGUGUGCCAAAGACAUUUCCUAUACUGUUUCAUGAAGGGGCCACAGUGCUCACUCUUGUCUGUUGAUUUUUAUAUUUAAACUUAGCAGCUGUGACAAGUAGGAAGUGCAUCCCUCCUAAAGCUUCCUGGGGAGUGCUGAACUCACGCGUUCACUCUUUAUAUCCAAAGUGUAGGGGUGGGAGGUUCUGGGAAGUGCUUGGAGCACAGUCUCAUGGUGUGGAAUCAAUCAAUAGUAACAUGACCAGUGUCGCAUGUGAGGCAGUGCAGACACUAAUCUCUGUGGCAAAGGAGGCCUGCAAGCUCAUGACAGACAUUGCAUGGGAUGACUCAGAACAAACGGAGCGCUUUCUUCCUGAGGCUGAUGCAUUAAAACAGAGCACCUCCAUCUGCUCUGAUCUGUGUGCACCAAAUUAAGUGUACAGUGGCCAAAGCCACGUUUAAGUAGUGUCAGGAAUAGCAAAUAAAGACAGCAGGCCUGCAGCAGGCUGCAUAAGGACUUAGAUGGUCAUGAAAACAUUGGGAAUUUAGGCUGGUCGUGGGCACAUCUCUACUUUCCUAAGAACUGUCAAAGUGUUUACUGCUUUACCACCACGGCCUGCUCUCACCUGUCAUUUAUGAUUUUUCAGAUAUAAAACCUUGGUAAGAUCUUUUCAUACAUUUUUAUAAAGUAGAAGGGAAUACAAGAUUCCCCAGUUGGUACACUUUUUCAGAUCUGUCCGACAGAAGCACUAGUUUGUGACAUAUCCCUGCUGCAAAAUGUGGACUGAGACAUGACACCUGAGGAUCAUGGCUUUCCCUCCAUUAUUGGAGCUCUUGAUAUAAAGUUCAUCUGCUACUGUGGAACCCAAGUUUCUGCAGUUGGUUUCGAGCUAAAUGCAGUUUGUAAUGCUUGCAUGAGUGAACAGUGUCUCAGUCUUUAAUUUUCAGUGGUACUGUUUGUUUAUUUUUCAGAACCCCACAAAGAAUGCUGGCUAUGUCUAUCUUUCCAUCUGUAUUUUGUUGCCUUGAUGUACUAUAUUUGUUGCAUGUAUAUUAAAAAAUUUUUUAAACAUA